AUGUCUACACCCUCGUCGACUAAGAAGCUUACCGACGCCAAAGUCCUCAUCUUUGACGUCUACGGAACGCUCGCUGACUGGGAGACAGGCAUUUACAAUGCUCUCCAACCCCUCCUCAGCAAGUAUCCUGCCUCUCAAUCUUGGACCCGCGAGGAGGCAUUAGCUGCUUUCGGCUCUGUCGAGAUCGAUCUCCAGAGCCAAUACCCCGACAUGCUAUACUCCGAUCUCCUGGCUAAGGUGCACGAGGUGCUCGAAGAGAGGCUCAAAGCGCAAUCUACCACCAACCCAGGCGAAGGCGGAGCGAUAGGCGCGACGCUCGCCGGAGAUCCAGCCGCUGAUCAAGAGGCCCACAGAGCCUUCGGGCUGUCCAUCGAAAACUGGGCCAUCUUCCCGGACACCUGCGAGGCACUGCAACGCCUCUCCAAGCACUUCAAGCUCGUCGUCCUUUCCAACGUCGACCGCACUUCAUUCCGACACACCCACUCGCUGCUCGCUGAAGGCCCUACGCGUUCCACCAUCACCUCCGAUCUUUCGGUGUACACUUAUCCUGAGCCGAACCCCCACAAGUACUGGCACCCGAGGGCUACGCCCAACUCCAAAUCCCCCUUCACGCUUAUCCUAACGGCGCAGGAUACAGGAUGCUACAAGCCCGCCCUGGGUGGCUUCCUUACUGCGCUGGACUACGUCCGCUCCCAACCGGAGUUGUUCGGCGACCUCGGGUUGAACGAGGCAGCUGAAGAGCAGGUCAAGGACAAGGUGAUGAGUGUCGCACAGAGCUUGGUGCACGACCAUGAGCCGGCCAGUCAGAUCGGGUUGCGCAGCGUGUGGAUCGACAGGCAAAGCGCUGUCACUUGUAAUGUGACCCCCGGAGGUCCUGGGGCGAAAGAUAAAUGGACGUGGAGGUUUGAGACGCUGGGAGAAUUGGCUGACGCGGUAGAGAAGGAAAUUGCUGGAGAAGAAAAUUAA